UCGAAAAAAGUCCGCCGUAUAUGUAACGCUAGUCGCUCUUCUUUCCCGUCCCCGCCUUGCUCCGCCACUCGUCUCCCAUAACUCCGUCAAUAUUACAAUUCUACCCCUAGGGUUUCUCUUCGCCAUCUCAAUCCCUUUUCUCUCUCGGUGAGAAUCGGCUGAGAUAUGGAUUAUAUGCCAGUCUACCAAAAUUUGGUGGAGAUUUUCCCUCAGGUGGAUUCCCGAUUACUCAAAGCUGCUGCUUUUGAACACUCCAAUGAUGUUAACGAAGCAGUUGAGUUUAUUGUCUGUGAGGUUUUACCAUCUUUAAGUGGCCCUUCUGAGUCAUCUGACACUGCCCACAAUGCUCACAAGGCAUCUAAUGAGGUGCAUAAAAGUGCAUCUCAUGUGCUGUCUAACAGCAGAUCACAUGUUGCAAGUGCAGUUCAGCUAAAGGAACAUUACCUUGAUAAUCAAGAAGCUGAAGCAAUUCAACCAGAACCAAUGUCAUGCAGAACUACCAUAUCUGGUGCCCCUUCUAGUUUCAUGUCCCCUUUUAAGGGAGUAGCAGAAGAGAACUUUAUUGAUCUCGAAAGCAGUAACAAUGAUUCUUCAUUGUUUAUUUGGGAAAAAAAUUCAGGCUUAAUUGGGUAUGACUCCUUGAUGAAGGAUAUUUGCAGAUCUGUAAGUGAAUGUGAAGAGCAACUAUCAAGCUCUUUAGUUCAAGGUUCUGAUACGAUAUCUGCUUUCUUGGAACCUGCUCAUGAUACAUCAUCUUCUGUUAAUGAAAAGAGUACGGAUUCUGUAGCGUGCAGUGCUCAAGUGCCAGAGGAUGUCACUGAUGCUUUUGGUGAAAUUGAAGCUUAUUCUAAGUAUUUAGCAGAUGGUCAUGAUUCGGCCCGUCAUACAGAAAUGAUUUCUAUUGAUGAUGACAAUGUACCCGUCAUUGUAUCUACUCGAUCAGGUCAUGUUAUUAACAUUGACCUUCUUGAUGAUUUUGUAGCGGAUGCCAGAAACAGUAAGAAAAAAUUAGUAUCUGGUGUGGAGUCAGUUGUUAAUAUGAUGAAAGAGGCAGAACUUCUUGAGGGGAGGGCCAAACAAGCGAAGGAAGAAGCUUCCUUAGCUGGUCAGAAUAUCCUUACAAGGGUCGAGGAACUUAAACAAAUGUCACAACAUGCACAACAAACAAGUGAUAGGCAUGCUGGAGAAGUGUAUGGUGAGAAAUCUGUCUUAUCAACUGAAGCUAGGGAACUGCAGUCUCGUCUUCUCAAUUUAUCAGAUGAAAGGGAUAAAUCAUUUUCAGUCAUUGAGGAGAUUCGUGAAGCUCUUGAAGCAAGAAUAGCUGAUGCAAAGGAUGAAAUAGCUGCAGCUGAGCAGGAAAAGCUCGAGAAGGAAGAACUAGCCCAGAAGGCUUUGAAAGAACAAGAAGCCUUUAUGGAUGCCAUAGUACAGGAGUCCAAAACAUUCCAGCAGCAAGCAGAGGAAAAUGCCAAGUUGAGGAACUUCUUGGAGGAGAGUGGUAAAAUUGUAGAUACAUUGCAGGGAGAAAUUGAUGUGAUUUGUGAGGAUGUGAUGUUGCUCAAGAGAAGAGUUGAUGAGCGAGCACCACUGAAGGGAUCGCUAUUAAUGUCCACUUACAGCUCAGCCUCUUCAUCAAGCUCAUCCGGUCAUAAAAGUAUUUCUUUGGGAAGUGAAAACAGUAGAAAGAUCGGUGAAGAUACCUCAAGCAGUCAGGAGCACGAUAUCAUUAUUGCCAUCAAUGGCAUCUUAAAUGUUGAUGCCUUCGGCAAGCAGAAAUCAGCUUCAAUUGAUGACUGGGAGUUUUUGAAACAGGAUGCUUGCCCGUUCUAAGAUACACUGAAACAUCAUUUAAAGAAUCCUUGGAGGUUUUGCUUGUGGUAUAUUUGCAACAUAUACAUCUUUUUCUUUCCUGCUGUGUACAUCUUUUAAGUAAGUUUUGAAGCCAUAUUAUUGCUUGUUUUUACAUUAUAAUGUGUAUAUAUAUCUAUAGUUCAUCAUUGGAGUAUAUGCAUGUUUUUGAUAGUUC